GCCAAUCAGAUCAAGCAGGUGCUGACGGUUUGAGCGAGCAAAUGAGGAAGGAGGCCGAUGACGUUGGACCAUCAGCAAAGCUGGAGCACUGGAAGAGGCACAUGGUCACUUUUAACAGUCUGACGGAGGAGCUGAAGCGUCCUCAGGUGAAGAGGACUCUGGGGGGUUCUGCAGGUGACCAGGUCCUGGACGCUCCGGACCUGGAGAGAGCUGGACGGGGACAUCACUGUCAUGGCUGACGAGGCCAAGGACAACGUGAAGUAUCUCUACACCCUGGAAAAGUUCUUUGGACUGCUGGGGAAGUGCACACCGACCAGUAUCCUGGAGCACAUCCCCACUCUGAUGAGCAGUAUCAGGAUGAUCCACACUGUCUCUUGGUACUACAACACCUCAGAGAGGAUGACCUCUCUGCUGCUGAAGGUCACCAACCAGAUGAUCGCCAGCUGCAGGAGCUACCUGGCACAAGGCGUGGCCCCCAUCUGGGACCACAGCAGGCCGGUGCUGCUGCAGUGUAUCUCAGAAUGCUGCCAUCUGAACCUGGAGUACCACAGGAGCUUCCAUACCAUCAGAGACAAACUGAGCGAACAGCUUGCAGAUGGACACUUUGACUUCAGUGAGAACUACAUCUUUGGGAAGUUUGAAGCUUUCUGCAGGCGCCUGGAGAAGGUCGCGGAUGUGACGUCGACGCUGGAGAGUCUGGCUGCUCUGAAACACAUGAAGCGCCUGAAGAGACAGUUCUCCAUCUUCAACUGCACCGUGCCCUCCAACAGCUCUAUUGACAAGAGCUUUGGCACCAUGGCUCAGGGGUAUUUCUGCCCAAAGAGAGGCUUCCCCGCUGCCGUCUGUGGCAGGCUGUGA